GUUUAAAGAAUCGAACGAAUCCAAAACGUAUUUCGGAUUGCGUGUUUUGUCAUGCAUAACACCUUAAAAACAGACACUGGAAGUUGUAACUUUAUUGUUAUUAGCAUUGGAUUAAAUUUGCCGUUGAGGUUGGUAAGCAGAUAGAUCAACCAUGAAUGAUGAAAGCACAGGUCCUAUCGCAAACAUGAAAAGCUCGAACACGUCAUCAUCCCAUCAAAUACCGAAGGGCAAUGGAAGUAACCCAUGUAACGGAACCGUGAACGACAUUGAGCUCGACAAAACAUACCGACUCAUCAUCCUAUACCUGACCAUAACAUUCUGUAUACUUGGAAGUGUGCUGGUUGUCUUAUGGAUAAUAUUCAAACAGCGUAUCUCGCGGAAAUACAAUCACCACUCAAGGGUCAACAAUUUCAUUCUGAAUUUGACCGUUGCGGACAUCCUGGUCAUCUUGUUGGCUGUGGUCCCACAGCUGAUCUGGGAGUACGUGGACAGAGAGUGGGUGGCGGGCGACUUCAUGUGUCGAGCCGUGAAGUUCAUGCAAACAUUCUCCAUGACGGCUAGCAAUUAUAUGCUCGUUGUCAUAGCAAUAGACCGUCAACAAGCUAUAAUUUCCCCUCUAAAAGAGUCGUACUCGGUUUGUAAACUGGCCGGAUUAGGCUGGGGAACGGCGGUUCUAUUGUCCUUACCAGUGGUUGGAAUUUUUCACACAUACGAAGAGACCAACGGAUUCGUUAAGUGCGAGAAUAUAUUUCGUGGACGUCCCAAAUUUCAUCGUCAAAUAUGGAUGACGUGGGUUGCGUUUGCGGUUUUCUUUACGCCGCUUGUUUUGCUGACAGUGUGUUAUAUGCGAAUAUUUAUGAAAAUUUCGAGGAAAGCCUUUCAACAUAACAGUGUCAAAUACAUCCCGAGCAAAGGAAAGGUUUGUCUGCAAAGCACCCAUUCAAAUUCAUUAUCCAAGGCUAAAAUCAAGACUUUAAAAAUGACAUGUGUAAUAAUCGUAUUUUUCAUAUUGUGCACGACACCAUACUUCAUUGUCGAAAUGAUAAUGUCCUAUGGAGACCAUUGCACCAUUUCGAAAAAACUGUACGCAAUCCUCGGUGGAAUGGCUGCCUGCAAUUCGGCAACGAAUCCGUAUGUCUUUCUUGCGUUUAACCUGAAAGCAGGGAUGUUCAAAUGCUUUAAACCGUGCUUAAAUAAACCAAGCCGUGAUGGUACAUUGCAGUCAAGUCACACAGGUUCCACUGGGGCCAAUCCACAGCAUUGUGUUUCUCCAGCCAAUACGAGUAAAUACGUUCUGAGAAGACAGGAAUCAGUAGGGAGUCAUGAGGAAAUGACUUUAUUAAAGGAAGGAAGCAUCAGAAGAAAUGUGUAAUCCGCAUUUCUCAUUGUUGUGUUUUUGUCCCAGAACUUUGUAUAAUAGGGUGAUUUUUCAUAUGAAUUGAACUGAUCAAUAUAUACAAUUUAUGAAAUGAACAGUACUUUAUAGUUUAUAUGCAUGUUUUUAAAUAGGGUAUUUUAAAAUUUUAAUGCAAUUUAUCAAGAAAUGUACGUUUGAUAUCAGAGCUAAAACAUCAAAGUAAGUGCAGGCCAGAAGUAAGCGUUGAUUGAACAAGUGACGCUAAUUAUAUCUUGCAGGCAGUUUUAGUCCCAUGGUGUUUUCGGUUUACAGAGUGAUGUGAACACUUUGUAUCACGUGCUGCAAUUUAUUGUUU